UUUUUCAAAUCUUGGUCACUAAAAUUUCUUAUUUUUUACAGUUAUUGUAUGGAUUUCUUCGAUCGCAUUGCUUCCGAGGCUGGUGGACUCUCCCUCAUCAGUAAGAAACCAACUCUGUCUCUUCGAGAUAUGCAAAGUGCAACGAAAAUGGUUCUGCGUGGCGAGCUUUGUCUUCAUGCACUCAACGAGGGCAAAAAGGCCGUGAAGAAGAUUGAGAUGGAAGGAAAGAAAGGCUAAAUGAUGAGAAUAUAAAAGGAAGAUAUUGUGAGAUGUAUAUUGUGAUACAAUAAAAUAUAUUGUGUAAUAUAUUGUAUGUAAUAUGUAUAUUGUCAUAAAUAAAUAUUUGUCUCUGACUGAUAAAUUUGGGGAAAAUAAUUUUUUGUAGUUUAUAGUUUUCAUCAUUCUACCUCCCUUUAAAUAAAAUUUUCUAAUUAGUCAAAUUUUGUAGUUUUCCAUUUUUACGUUUUUUUCACUUUUCAAAACAAUCCCCUCGAAUCCCAGUAACCUUGAUCCUAAGAUAUUACCUCCAAAUACAUCAACAUUCCCUUAAAGUUGUAAACACGCGC